CUCAGCACUACUAUUCAAGGUGCGGCUCAAGCUAUAACAGGUGGAAAGGAGAUCAAGAACCACAACAAGAUUGUGUUUACUGACGCUAUCCUGACGCGUUUAAUGAAGAUAGGUAGAUCUACCUUGCAAAUAUAGACUGCAUUAAGAUAACCGUUGUGUGCCUUUGGACACGCACAAAAGGAUUCAUAGUUUUUUCAUCAACAGAAACGUAUUUAUUUAGACAUUUAAAAAAUAAUCGACAAAAUAAUUUUAUUUUUAAAGAUGGCAAACUCGGGAAUUCAACUUUUAGGAUUCGCCCUGUCACUCGUCGGUGUCAUUGCACUUAUCGUGGGGACCAUUCUUCCACAGUGGAAGAUGUCUGCGUACGUAGGAGACAACAUCAUAACGGCGGUUGCCAUGUACCAAGGACUAUGGAUGUCAUGCGCUUUUCAGAGCACAGGGCAGCUCCAAUGUAAAAUCUACGACUCGAUCCUGCAGCUAGACGGCACUCUCCAGGCCACCCGUGCCCUGAUGAUUGUUGGCAUCAUCGUAUCCAUCGUUGGGCUGGGCGUGGCCAUCAUGGGCAUGAAGUGUACCACUUGCGGAGGAAACAACAAAGUGUGGAAGUCUCGCACCGCCAUGACUGGAGGCGUCAUUCUACUGGUUGGAGCUCUGUGUGCAUUAGUGGCCUGCUCGUGGUUCGCUCAUAAUCUCAUCCGGGCCUUCUAUAACCCGUAUUCUCCUGUCAACACCAAGUUUGAGUUUGGGGCAGCCAUCUUCAUCGCCUGGGGGGGUUCUUUCCUGGACCUGCUGGGGGGAGCCAUGCUGGCAUCUUCCUGCCCCAGGAGUAAAAAGCCAGUGCCCAAAUACCCUGUCAUGAGUGGCGUGAGUGCUCUCUCACCAUCCAGCAGCACCAAGGAGUACGUGUGAGCUAAAUCAUGCUGCCAGGUUAUAAUGAGAUUCACAGAAAUUGUUGUGAAGUUUACAGAUAUGCCCACACCCCACCCCACCCAACCCCAGCAGGACCGUUGUGAUGUCUCUCACCCGCUCCCAAAAUUCCACAAUUGUUUAUGAGUGGGCCUCACAAAUACACUAUAAUUGGUUAUUGGAUCCACCUUAUAUUAUGUUUUAGGGUGCAUGUUCUCGUAUUACACAAACACACACUCACUUCUCUUAUUACAGCCAAUAUGCAGCAUCAUGGCAAACACUCACCUCCAUGUAAGAAACACUGUCUACUUAAAUGAACAUUUCCUUUGUAAUUGAAGGUAGUCAAUUAAACUUGUUGUGGUGCUGAGGUCCUACUCUUGGCAUACUCAUGGGAGUUUAUGUAUGUAAAAAUAGGAAACUGGACUAGCGCACCACCAAUACUUUUACAAUGGAGUUUUUGUAGACAUGACCAUCUCCAAUUGUGUUCAAUGUUCAAUCCAAGUGGAACUUCACUAGUUGUGAGUGACUGUAUACGCUAUGGUGAAUCACCGGACAAUUCACUGUUGCACUCCAAAAGGGGGGGGGCUUUUCAUACAGGCCUGCAAUGUACUCUGUCCCAUUAUAAAAUCUCUCAGAACAGUGAUUCUCAACAGGUGCAUUAUUACAAGAAGUGUUUGUUUUUAUUAUUGUACUAUGUAAUAUACAGUGCAUUCGGAAAGUAUUCAGACCACUUCCCUUUAUCCACAUGUUGUUGCAUUACAGCCUUUAUCUAAAAUGUGUCAAAUAAAAUGCUCAUCACUGCAAUGUCCCAUAACGGCAAAGCAAAAAUAGGUUUAGAAGUUAUUGCAAAUGUAUUAAAACAUUUUUUUUUUAAAGAAAUACCUUAUUUACAUCACUAUUCAGACACUGCUAUGAGACUCGAAAUUGAGAUCAGGUGCAUCCUGUUUCCCAUUGAUCAUCCUUGAGAUGUUUCUACAACUUGAUUGGACUCCACCUGUGGUAAAUUCAAUUGAUUGGACAUGAUUUGGAAAGACACACACCUGUCUAUAUAAAGGUCCCACAGUUGACAGUGCAUGUCAGAGCAAAAACCAAGCCAUGACGUCGAAGGGAUUGUCGGUAGAGCUCCGAGACAAGAUUGUGUCGAGGCACAGAUCUGGGGAAGGGUACCAAAAAAUGUCUGCAGCAUUGAAGGUCCUCAAGAAAACAGUGACCUCCACGAUUCUUAAAUGGAAGAAGUUUGGCACCAGCAAAACUAUUCCUAGAGCUGGCCACCCGCCCAAACCAAGAACCUGAUGGUCACUAUGACAGAGCUCCAGAGUUCCUCCGUGGAGAUGGGAGAACCUUCCAGAAGGACAACCAUCUCUGCAGCACUCCACCAAUCAGGCCAGACAGAAGCCACUCCUCAGUAAAAGGCACAUGACAGCCCACUUGGAGUUUGCCAAAAGGCACCUAAAGGACUCUCAGAUCAUGAGAAACAAAAUUCUCUGGUUUGAUGAAACCAAGAUUGAACUCUUUGGCCUGAAUGCCAAGCGUUACGUCUGGAGGAAACCUGGCACCAUCCCUACGGUGAAGCAUGGUGGUGGCAGUAUCAUUCUGUGGGGAUGUUUUUCAGCGGCAGGGACUGGGAGACUUGUCAGGAUCGAGGGAAAGAUGAACCUGCCCCAGAGUGCUCAGGACCUCAGGCUGGGGCGAAGGUUCACCUUCCAACAGGACAACCCUAAGCACCCAGCCAAGACUUUGCAGGAGUGGCUUCGGGACAAGUCUCCAAAUGUCCUUGAGUGGCCCAGUCAGAGCCCGGACUUGAACCCGAUCGAACAUCUCUGGAGAGACCUGGAAAUAGCUGUGCAGCGAUGCUCUCCAUCCAACCUGACAGAGCUUGAGAGGAUCUGCAGAGAAGAAUGGGAGAGAUUCUCCAAUACAGGUGUGCCAAGCUUGUAGCUUCAUACCCAAGAACACUCGAGGCUGUAAUAGAUGCCAAAGAUGCUUCAACAAAGUACUGAGUAAAGAGUCUGAACACUUAUGUAAAUGUGAUAUUUCAGUUUUCAACAUUUCUACAAACCUGUUUUUUCUUUGUCAUUAUGGGGUAUUGUGUAUAGAUUGAUGAGGGGAAAAAACAAUUUAAUCCGUUUUAGAAUAACGCUGUAACGUAACAAAAUGUGGAAACAGUCAAGGGGUCUGAAUACUUUCCGAAUGCACUGUACAUUAUCAUCAAACUUGGUUUAUUAUGUGUUUUAUCAUGUGUUCAUUAUUCUGUAUGAAGGCAUGCUCUGUUCUGAUGUCCACACUAGCAUUCUACUUAGGAUGGAACCAUUUAUUUGGGAUGCAUUAUAGAUAGUAUGCUAGUGGUGUUCUUAGAAUGUAGCCUGUGUUUUAAAUGUAGCAGACUACAGUAGUACCAUUCCUAAGUGCUAGCGUAGUUCAGUUCAGCCUUGUAUUUUUGCCUUUGGCUUUAAACAGCAUAAGGAAUAUUGUAUCUUUGUGCUGCACAUUACGAAGCUCAACCAUCCUGCCUUUGCGUGAAAAAGAUGUUCAGCGGAAUUUUAAUGCUGGGUCCUUUUGUAUUUGUUUGUUGUAAGCAUAUAAAUGAAAUUGCUAGACAGUAAUUACUAGGUUACUUAUUUGUAACAUUUCUACGGUUGUAAGAUUAAGAUGUUCUGAAAGGUUUUUAGAAAUGUUUCUUCUAAUAAAAUGCAGAUUUUUUUUUCUCUA